GAGAGUCAGUCUCCUCACAGAGACGACAGCAAGAGACAGAGACAGAGUCAGAGACAGAGACGACAAGAGAAGGAGAAACGGAACCACCCAGGCGAGAAUAAGCUCAUCCUUUGACUCAUCAUGUGGACUGUUCUUGUGGUUCUUGUCCUCUUGACAGCUGGAUACAAAGCAGCGGCCUAUGACAACGAACUCAACUCUGUGUUGGGGAAGUUCUGUCCUGAAGGCAACGUCGUGUCAGGGAUAGAAAGCGCCUACAAUGACAACAACAAAGAUCGCCAGUGGACGAUCGGAUGCAGGCCUCUUGUAGGCGUUUCCAACUGCAUCUGGUCUGGGUUUUUCGAUCUAAGUCAGCAAGAACUCAAAUACAACUGCCCUGCUGAUCAUGUCAUUAACGCCGUCUACAGCAUUUAUGACACUUCUACUCAAGACAGGAAGUGGAAUUUCCAGUGUUGCACUAGUACAACACUGAUCACCUUUGAAUGUCGGGAAACAUCAACGAUGAACUACUUCGGAGAGCACUUCAGCUGGACUGUGCCUGGAGAGAGCGUCUUGACCGGCGUCAGCACACAUGGCAAGAACGCUGACGGAGAUCAUCGCUGGAGUUACAGCUACUGCAGAGCGGUGAUCGUUGAUUCAGAGACGUCCGCGUCAGAACUCUUUGCUGCAAACACAGCAGAUUCUCUCACUGACGACGAUGUUGUCACAUCGACAAAGAAUUCACCGUCCUGUGAUGACUGCUUCUGGUCAAACGUAAACGGACUGGUCCAAGUUCCAUACACAAUAAGUGACGCCUUUACCAGCAAUGAAAAGACCGUCAUCGAAAAAGCCAUCAAUGAAUUCCACCUGAGCACAUGUGUGCGCUUCGUCCCUCGCACGAGUCAGAUCAACUACGUCAGCAUUGUGAAGAAAACAGGAUGUUGGUCAAAGAUUGGUCGAAGUGGAGGGAUGCAGGAGUUAUCUCUCGGGGCCGGCUGCACAUCAAAGGGCAUCAUUCAGCACGAGUUAAUGCACGCGCUCGGCAUCCAGCACGAGCAGAGUCGAUCCGACAGAGACAUCUACGUCAGGAUCAACUUGGACAACGUCAACACUGAUUACCAAAGUAACUUUCGGCGUCUGGACACGAUCAACGUCAACGUCCCGUACGACUACUCGUCCUUGAUGCAUUACGGACGCAAAGACUUCUCAAAGAACGGACAGGACACCGUCACACCUUUGAUCGCCUCAGCAUCCAUCGGCCAGAGGAUCGGUAUGACAGAGAAUGACUUUCUGAAGAUCAACAAGCUUUACAGCUGCAAGAACUACCUCCAUAAGAGCGGAGAGUGGGACAGUGAGGUGGGGCAGAGUUUCACUCGCCAGUGUCCCGAGGGCCAAGCUGUUUCCAGCAUCACCAGCGCCUACGUCAAAGCUAAACGAGAUCGACACUGGGGGGUCACGUGCAAGGCUUUCCAGAACACCAAGAUAUGCCGUUGGUCAGCUUAUGUGAACGAGUACUCGAAGGCCUUUAACUUUGAAUGUGGAGACAACGAAGUGAUCGCUGGCGUCCACAGUGAAUUCAGCAGUUUGGUGUAUGACAGGAAGUGGAAGUUUUACUGCUGCAAAGCCUCUUUCAGCCUCUUCAACUGUAAUUCCGACCCAUUCGUCAACUACUACAGCGAGUACUUCAGCUGGAAGGUCGCCAGCGCCAGCUUCCUCAAAGCCGUGACGAGCAUUUUUGAUCCAAACACAGGCGAUCGUCGAUGGAAGUUCUCGUACUGCCAGAGUAAAGUGGAAUGAAUCUGCCGUCUCUCAGUGAUCCACCUUGUAUCAUGUAGAGUAAAUAAAUACUGUGUGUGUGUGUGUGUGUGUGGGGGGGGGGUAAUAUGAUUCAUAUAACAAAGAUAAAUCUUACAUUUCAAAUUAAUAUAAACUCUUAUUAAACUUCUGAAAUGCUCGA